GAGAUAUCCAACAUCAGAAAAAGACCCCGGCGCGCCACUUAAACAAAAUAAUCAUUUUAAAACAGAGAUAUGAGAAGUUUUAUCACGACAUUGGAAAGUAAUAAACUUAUGGAUGGAGAAUUUAGAUUUGCCACCUAAAAUUGUAACUAGUGCUAAAAGAGCAGGAUUAAAGACCUUAGCUUCUGUGCUGUGCCUAUCAAAACCAGAUUUAGAAAGAGCCACCAACCUGAAUUCUCAUGAAGUGUCCAUACUAGUCCAGGCAGUGUCUGAGGCUGCAUAUCAAACUCCAAUAAUAACAGUGCUGGACAUAAAGCAUGGAAAAUGCCACACAUCGAUGAUUGUUCAGAAGCUGAGCCUAGGCUGCCCCCGUCUUGAUGCUUUCCUUCAUGGUGGUAUCCUGUCUCAGGGCAUCACUGAAAUAGCAGGUGAAAGUGCCUCUGGGAAAACACAGAUUUGUAUUCAACUUUGCCUCACAGUUCAAUGCCCCAAGGCUCUGGGUGGCCUAGAUGGAGGAGCUGUAUAUAUAUGCACUGAGGACGCUUUCCCAAGCAAACGCCUUCAUCAGAUGAUCCAGAUGUUCAACGAAAAAAUUGGCAGUGAAAUGGCAUCAAAACUGAAACUAGGAGAUCAUAUCUAUGUAGAACACAUAUCAGAAAUGGAUCAGCUGUGGCACUGUAUCACACAACGAAUUCCAAUUCUCCUUACUCGCGGCCUAGUUAAACUGGUCGUGAUCGACUCAUUAGCUGCGAUAUUUCGCUGUGAGUACGAUUCGCAUGAAAUAGCCCAACGAGCCAAGCAUAUCCAGUCUGUAGGGGCUAAACUGAACUGGCUGAGCUCUCAAUACGACGUUCCUGUUGUAUGUGUCAACCAGGUAACAGCAAACAUGAAACGUUCCAGUAAUCCAUUUGAGCCUUCGGUAGUCCCUGCUCUUGGCUUAACAUGGGCAACAUUUGUGAAGGUCCGUUUAAUGAUUUCCCGUACCAACUACCGACUAAAUGUAGAUUCUCAAGGCUCCGAGGAAUGUAGGCCAGGCCUGAACCCCACGGAAAGUGUUGUACGCUCUAUGGAGGUGGUUUUCUCCCCACACUUGCCCAAGGAUAAGUGUUACUUUAUCGUAGAACAAAGCGGUGUCAUUGGCCUAGCAUGAGACUCAUUUUAUCAUUUGUGCUAUUUUAAUCCAAGAGACAUUCUCACAGUUUGACAUCAUAAUUAAUCUGCUUGACAAACACAUUAUUUCAUCUCUUGAUGCAAUGCAGUGGUGUAUGUAGGGGUGCGCAAGGGAGGAUUUCACACAAGUAAAUAAAGCUCCCAUCAUCAAGCCCUCCCCCAGUCCACCUUCAUGCCCUGCCCCCAUUAGUCCCCCAUUUCAAGAAUCCUAGAUACUGUUAUGUUAUAGUGUUAUGUAUAACCUUUGAAAUCAUCUAGCCAUUUUUUCAAUGACCGUUUUUUUUCUCUUGUGGGUUUUGAAUCCCACAACUUUGCAGCAAAAGAUUUACCAAAGACAAUACUGUACUUUAAUAAACAUUUACAGUAUUCAUUUAAUUAAUAGAAACAAAUAAUAGGCCUAACCAAUGCAGUGCCCUCAGCUGGUAGGACUUAUAUGCAAUCAGUAAGCUAUUAAAGCUGUUUUUAUGAAAUGAUGCCUCUAAAUCACUAUCAGAACUGCUGACUUCUUGAAUUUGACAGUUGUUACACAUGGCAACCUGUACUCUCUAUAUAUAGGCAUAUCAUAUACCCUCAAAACUGAACAGAGACUCACUCAAAUCCAAGUAAUCACUCUUAGACCAUAGCAUACUGACGCUAUAUAAAUGCCUUUCUGAGAAUUGAUAACCAUCGGUAUUUAUACAUUCAUUUAUUCAAUCAUUCAUUCAUUGAAUUUUAGGCACAUUUAUUUUAUUGAGGUAAACUGCACUAAUGAAUGGAAAUACAGAACUGUCAAUUUACAUUUGCCGUAUCAGAAUGAUAAACAAUAUGUGUGCAAUAUUUGUAUGUAUAUGAAAUAAAGUACUUUUUAUAACCACAAGUU